AUCUUCACCAUCUGCAAAAUCGAUCUUAACCCAUUUUUUUUUAUUCUCUGAAUGCUCUCUCAUAUCCACUCCAUCUGCAAAAUCGAUCUUAACCCAUUUCUUUUUCUUCAGUGAAUGCUUCUCAUCUCCACUCCAUCUACAAAACCGACCUUAACCCACCCAUUUCCUCUUCUUCUCUUUUCUCAGGGAAACUUGAGCUACUGCCUUGCUGGGUUUCCACCGAAUCCAGCCUUGCUGGGUUCGUCGAAACCCAGAUCUGCUGGGUUCCGACAAACCCAGCCGGCGAACCCAGCCUUGGCUGGUCGCGAACCCAGCAAGGCUGGGUUUCAACCGAACCCGGCCUUGCUGGGUUUCAACCGAAUCCAGCCUUGCUGGGUUCGUCGAAACCCAGCCUUGGCUGGUUGACGAACCCAGCAAGGUUGGGUUUCCAUCGAACCCGAAAGAAGGAAAGAGAAAAAAAGAAGGGGAAGAAGAGGGAUUGGGAGGGUGAGUGUGAGGAUGAGGGUAAUAAAGUAAUUUUAUAUAU